AUGGAUAGGCUGAAACAGAAGCGAAAAGCCCUGCGUUCACAGGUAACAAAGCUGCUGACAGAAAUCGAUACAGCUACCCAAACCGAAGUGCCGAUUGAGGAAGAGCUCAACGUCUUACUGACUCGUCUCAACGCGCUACAUGGUCAGCUUACCGAAACGGACUCUGCCCUCGAACCAUUGUUGGCAGCAAGUGACAUCGAGCAAGAGUAUGCUCGGACCGUCGAGUACAGCGAUCGUAUCGUCACCUACUCGGCAAGACUGACCUUCAAAGCGCGGACCCUACACGAAAGAGCGAGUACAAGCGGUCAAGAAAUUACAACAAACCACCGCAGUCCCACUUUGUCAGUCAAGGUCAAGCUACCAGAACUUGAACUCUUGAAAUUCAACGGACAACGUCAACAAUGGCAGCCCUUCUGGGAGCAGUUCGAGCAGGUCAUCCAUGGUAACCCAGAACUGUCAUCGGCCGAGAAGUUCCACUACCUCAGAUCGGCGUUGUCGGGAGAGGCUGCUGCAGCGAUUGCCGGAUUGCCACCAACGGCCAGCUGUUAUGAAGAUGCGCGGGAGAUCAUAAAUUCCCGUUACGGCGACGAGGCGCUGCUAGUAGAUGACCACAUGAUGAAACUAGCAGAACGGCAGCCAGUUCGGACCUCGGAAGACGUCCGAGGACUACGACGACUACACGAUGACCUCCAAGCGCAUAUAAGAGGACUCAAGUCUCUAGGGGUUAACGAAGAUUCUUAUUCGACUCUCCUUUGCCCCCUUGUACUUCGGCUGAUUCCAGAAGGUCUUGUGCUAACCUUCAACAGAAAUGUCGUUCGGAAGAAAGAACAGCGUCGCCCGGAAGAUGAGGCUGUAAACGCGGCUGGCGAAGGAAACCAACACGUUGUAGAACAGUCCCAGCUAAGGCAACUACCAUCACUUAUGCAAUUUCUGAGAAUUGAAGUUGAAAGGCCGCGACACUUCUACAGAAAUGACAAGCAGAGCUGUGUUUUCUGCAAAUCAGCAGACCACGAGACAGAGCUGUGCACAACAACGAUAGGUCUUCCCGAGAAGAGGAAGAUUUUAACGAGCUCGGGAAGAUGCUUUAGGUGCACGAAGAAAAACCACCUUGCCAAACAGUGCAGGAAAAACAUUUCUUGCUCCAACUGCCAAGGUCGACACGCAUCAGUCAUGUGUGACCCAACGUUCUUGUCAAGCUCAAGAGACGACAAAGGCAGACAAGAGAAAAAACUGACCUCUGCUGGUCCAGUGGCCCUACAAUCUACGAUUAAAGACGGGGUCAACAAAACCGUCCUCCUGCAAACAGCGACAGUGUGGAGCUUGGGACUGAAACAGCGCAUCCUUGUAAGAGUGCUAUUCGACGGCGGAAGCCAGAGGUCUUUUUUCACAGAAGUACUCUCACGAAAGCUCAGAUGCAAGCACCUGGGAAACGAAAGACUGACGGUAGGAGCAUUUGGCGACCACACGACAGAACAAAACUUUCGCAGAGUUCUUGUGACUCUUGAAAAUCAGAGAGGUGAAGUUUUCCGUUUGGAAGCACUUGAGACAAGCCGUAUUUGUGGUCAACGAUUGCCCUAUCCAAGAGAAGAAUUGCGUCCCCAACUGAAAAAAAUGGGAUACACGGCCGCGGACUUCUGCGAAGCUGAGGGACCCAACGGCGUGGACAUACUGAUUGGAGGCGAUUGCUAUUGGAACUUCGUCACGGGCCAAGUUAGGAGACUCGACGGAAAACUUCGAGCAAUCGAGACGUCUCUUGGCUGGACCGUACACGGUCCAACAGAACUUUCAGCAUCUGUCAUGAAGAGCUCACAGAUGGUCGUUCUCAACGCAAUGACAAACAACAUGGAUGCAUCUGAAAUAAUGCAAAGGUUAUGGAAGCUUGAAUCGAUUGGUAUAACCGACGAACCUCAUUCUGAGACAGAACCCGUGAUCGCGUCUUACAAAGAAACAGUUAAGAAGAUCGGUCUUCGGUACGAGGUGGCCCUCCCGUGGAAACCCGUAGUGAACUUAGACGAUAACAAACAAGUUGCGGGAGUUUUCAAGGUGCUGGGACUAACGUGGAACCCUGCCACAGACCUCUUAACAUUUGCACCAGACGAUGUUCUGAACUUCGUAGAGAAGCACUCAGACACAAAAAGGUUUGUCCUACAGACUACAGCCAGACUCUACGAUCCCCUAGGAUUCUUCGCGCCAUUUGUCGUGCGAGCAAAGAUCCUAUUUCAACAAAUCUGGAAACAGAAGAUGGAGUGGGACGACCUACUGCCUCUUGACCUGCGCAGUGAAUGGCACCGAUGGUGUGCGGAUCUUCCAUUGCUAUGUGACGUCAUGGUGCCACGUUUCUACAGACGGGGAAUAGAGGGAGUGACGAUCAGGACAAACCUGCACAUCUUUGCCGAUGCAAGUCCUCAGGCGUAUGGAGCCGUAGCAUACGUAACUAUGACGAAUGAUCCCGGCUCCACGACAUCCACGAUCCUGCUUUGCAAGUCUUGA